GGCGUCAUAUCGCACCUGGGGUAGCUUCAGUCGGCUGACGAGCCUGACGAGAGUGUUGAGUUCGUUCAGCUUUGAAUAUAACUUUAGUAACUAGCCUCAUCCUGCUAACCGAUAAUGCCGUCAUAUUCCUUCAUCCCAUGCCAAUAGCGAUUCGCUGUCUUCCUUGUCACUGUUUAAUCCAGUCUUCGUACGUUCAAUUUAAAGCAUCAAGACGGCAAGCACCGUCAGAUCGAGGGAUCUGGAAGGAUUAGCUCGGGCAGUUUGCCCAAAGAAUCCAAAACGAAUGAAGAAAACGAUGGGCCUAGAUUCUUUGAGAUUGUUAACCUAUCCAUGGAGGUAUGGCGGAUUGCGCUCCCACUAUCGUUUCCAUUUAAGUACCCUGGGAACUGGGAUAGUAGCCUGGAGGAUCACAACACACCUAGCCAAUUGUGGAAAAUUCUCCUGAGCAAGAACACGCCUGCGCCUCCUAGGCUCCGUGGAUCAAACAGGCCGAAUCCUUCACAAGAUGUGUUCCUCCAACUCAGCUGGGACCCAUGGUAGUCAUAUAGUGAGGACAAGCUCGAAGUCUUACGCGAUGUACCGCAAUUACGGUG